AUGGGGCUGGGGCAGUGCCUGCCAGCCGCCUUCCUCCUCCUGGGCUUGAGCACUGGCCAGCAGCUGUUGACUGUUAAGAAGGGGCCCUUCUACCUCAAGGGUUCCCACAUCACGUUGUGGUGCAAGGUGAGCGGCUACCAGGGCCCGUCGGAGCAGAAAUUCCAGUGGUCCAUCUACCUGCCCUCGGCCCCUGAGCGGGAGGUGCAGAUCGUCAGCACCGUCGACCCAUCCUUCCCCUACGCCAUCUACACCCAACGCGUGCGCAGCCGUGGGAUCUACGUGGAGCGGGUGCAGGGGGACGCCGUCCUGCUGCACAUCACCGACCUGCAGGACCGGGAUGCUGGCGAGUACGAGUGCCACACACCCAACACUGACGAGAGGUACUUUGGGAGUUACAGCGCCAAGAUGAACCUCCCAGUGAUUGCAGACACCCUCUGUGCUUCCCUGGCACCGCAGGUCCUCACCUGCACCGAAGGGGAUGAGGUGGAGCUCACCUGAGAGGUGUCCAAGCUCACUGCCCAGCAACAUCUCUCUAUUGGUUGGUACCAUCUUCAUGGAGCAGGAGAGUACUGCUCUGAGGAGGUCCUCACCCUCUCCAAGGACUUUAUCUUGAAGCCAGGGCCUUCUUACACGCAGAGGGCUCUGGUGGGAAACGUGCAGCUGAAUAAGAUUGGGAACACCACAUACAAGCUCUCCAUUGAAGGAGCGGAGCUGUCUGACCAAGGGCAACUGUAUUGCGAGAAAGCUGAGUGGAUUGAGGAUCCUGAUGGGAUGUGGAAGGAUAUUGGGAGGACAUUGCUGGUGAUCAUGAGCCAGGGUAGAAACAUCUCCAUGGACAUUGCUGUUGCUGAAAGCUCCCUUUCUGAAGGUGAUGCCUUGCAGAUAAAUUGCUUGGUGGGAUCUGAGAAGAGCAACAGCAGGCACUUUCAAGUGCUUUGACUCCUCAACAGCAUGGAAGUGGCCAAGGCUGACCGCCAUGGGGUAUUGUCUUGGAGGCAGAAUAUGAGGGAGAGAGAGAAGCUGGGGCAGCUCCAAGCAUUCAAGCAAAGCAAUAUGGUUUAUGUCCUCACUAUCUAUGAGGUGGGGCUGAAGGACAAUGGGACAUACUGCUGCUCUGUUUCGGAGGUGAAGACUCCUGGAGACUUUCACAGCAUCCACACUGUUCUGUCAUCAGGCAUCCAAGUGAAUGUGAAGCAGAGAGAGAGCCAAUUGUGCCUGUCCAUGUCUACUAGCACGCUGCAGGUCAUGGCAGGAGGUGCCCUGAUCCUGCUUUGUGAGGUGCAAGGAACCAUCAGCCCUAUGUUGGUGUAGUGGGGGUGUCUGCCACUGCAGCACCCAGGUCCUUGGUUGCUGGUGACCACCAUGGAGCAAGAUGGCACCCUGAGCCUGGGCAGCACCUACCAGGACAGCAGGAUUCCGGGGAGCCUCCGGCUGGAGAAAGCGAACUCUGGUGCCUUCACCCUGGUGAUCCCCAGCAUGUUAGAUGAGGAUGACGGCGGGCAGUAUGGCUGUUAAGUGACAGAGUAGUCCCGAAGCCAGAGCUGGAUAAAGGAGCGGGAGACAGCAGUGUCAGCUCCAUGGGAGGGUCUUGGUCUGUACGCCAUGCUGAGAAGCCGAACUGUCACUGUCAGAUAUGGGCAGAGUUUUGAACUCAUCUGCCAAGUGAGCACUAACUAUACCCUUAGGGAGGUGCCAGUGUCUGUGAGGUGGUUCUUCCAGCCCAGCCUGUCCGGUGGCCACUAUCAGUAGCUGGACCACAGCACCAUGGCCUGUGGGACUGUGCAGCCACACUUCCAGGGGAAAGCUCUGUUGACGAAGGCUGACAUCUCCUUCAGGCUGCCCAUCCACAGUGCCAACAGGUCAUACCUGUGUGAGGUGGAGGUCUGGAGGAAGAACACCCUGCUGUUGGGGCCACCAGCAGCCCCCACCAAGUCCAAUCCUGUGGGAAUAAAGGUGGUGCUGCCAGAAAGCAAGCUUUGGGUGGCUACAGAAGAUCACUCUGUGGAAAUUGCUGGCGGUGCUGACACAAGGAUUUCCAUCAGCCUGCAGGCACAGACAGACGCAUUUAUAUGGCAACUCAACAUAUCUUUCUGCUCACAUCCUACUUCAGGGCAGGAGCUGCAGCUGGAGAAAACCAGCCGCAUCAUCUUGGUGAGGGAGGGAGAGGAGGUGACGCUGCACUGCCUGUUGCAAGGUGCCCGCCUGCCCACCACCUGCUUCUUGGCCACAUGGUUUAGGGGCAAUAAGAGCAGCUGCAUCAGGACCCUGCUCACCCUCCACCAUAAUGGCUCUGUCCAGUACCCCCGGGAGAGCCUGGCAGGGAGGCUGUGCCUCCGCCACCCUGCUGCCAAUGACUUCAACUUGACACUGCACAGCAUGGAGGGGGCUGACGCUGGGCUGUACCACUGCUGGGUACAGGAGUGGCAGCAACAGGGUGAGGGGAGGGACUGGUUUCUGCAAAUCUUGGCACGCUUGAAGUACAUCCAGCUCAUUACCAUCCCUCCAGAGUCAACCAUUUUGUCUAGAACCUGCUUAUCCCCAUCAGUGCUGAACUUCAUUCUGUACUUACCACUGGUGCUGAUCCUUCUCCUGGCCCUUGCUGUGUUGUGUUGGUACUUCAAGUUCAGAAGAAGCAAGAAGGGUAACAUUACAGGAGACCAGCUGAUGGAGCUGCAAGGGGCUGGAGGGGUUGAUAAAACAAGGGCCUGCAGUGGCAGAUAUAAUUGA